UAAAAAUUUACAUUAUACCCAUAUUAAAUAAUUGAAUUAAGUUUAAGACCACACUUAAAAAUUCUUAAUUGCAAUAAAAUUAAGUUCAUUACCCAUAUUAUUUCCACCAGGUGAUGCUUAAAUCUAAAUAUGAAAUCCAUCAGUUGUUUAGUUUUCUAUCAGUUCGGCUUUAAAAAAAUUUUCAAGUAAAAUGCAUUUCGUUUCGUGUCCGUCGAUACACUCACUGAUUUUUUUUUUUUUUUUGCGUGUCCGUGGGUGUCCCUCGUGUUACGAUAGGGUGGAUGCCGUGAUUCCUGGAAAGCAUCCAUUUUUCAUUGUGCAAACAUUGAAAGCCUUUUUUUUUUUUUUGUUCUUUUGGUGGUGAUGUAGCUGAUCAUCAACCAAACCACAAGUAUAAAAGUACUGAUGGCUGCUAAAAUAAAAUAUUUACUCUAAACACACUUGUUUAAUUUCCCGGAAACAAACUUCAAUAUAAAUACUAUACUCAAUUGUCAUUUACCUUUGAUUACCUUUCCAGAGUUUAAUUAUGGCGGAAUCAUUUCUGGCCAUCGUUGCAGAACAGAUUUAGGAAAAGAUAGUAUCCCUGGCUGCCAAAGAAACUAUUUCGCUUUGGAAUGUCAGUAGUGAUUUGAGAAGGCUUAAGGAAACCAUGACCUACAUAAUGCUGUGCUGUUAGAUGCUGAAAAACGGUAGCACCAGAACGAGACGUUACGCCUUAGUUUGGGGAAGCUUAGAGACGUCUUAUAUGAUGCUGAGGAUGUGCUUGAUGAAUUCACGUGUGAAGUGCUGCGAAAGGAGUUGAUCAAUCGUGGAAGCGCCACCAACAAAUUGGUACGAUUACCUACUCUCUCUAUUCCAUUUGCAUUCCCUUUGAGGAUGAGUCAUAAAAUCAAAAAGAUCAAUGAAAAGCUAGAUGCGAUGGCUAGUGAUUUCAAAAAAUUUAAUCUUGGACUUGAAGAGAAAGUUGAGAACCGGCGUGUUAUUCUCAGGGAUACCCACUGCUUUGUGAUACCUUCUAAUGUGAUAGGUCGCAAUCGAGACAAAGAAAACAUCAUAAAUCUUUUGGUCAAGCCAAUCGAUACUGAAAAUAUACCCGUCAUCCCUAUAGUUGGAAUCGGAGGUUUAGGGAAGACCACGCUUGCUCAACUUGUGUACAACGAUGAAAGGAUCACUAGGGUCUUUCCCUUGAAAAUAUGGUUGUGUGUGUCAGAUGAGUUUGAUCUUGCUAGGUUGCUUUGUGAUGUUAUUUACUCCAUUACGGGAGAAAGAUGUGAUGGUUUACCAGUUAAUGCAUUGCAAACUCAUUUGCGAAUGCUUUUAAAUGGUAAAACUUUUUUACUCAUUUUAGAUGAUGUAUGGAACGAAAAUCAUGUAAAAUGGAUGGAACUGAGAGAUUUACUGAUGACAAUGGGUAAAUUUCAACAAAGUAAAAUCAUUGUGACUACACGGAGUUCAAAAGUUGCUUCGAUAGUGGGUACUAUUGCUCCGUACAACUUGAAAGGUCUUAGUCACAAAGAUUGUCUAUCUUUGUUUGUAAAAUGGGCAUUUAGGGAAGGAGAUGAGAAAGUAUAUCCAAACCUUAUGAGAAUUGGUGAUGAAAUUGUGAAAAAAUGCAAAGGGGUUCCAUUGGCGGUGAAAACUUUAGGGAGCUUGCUCUACUGA